CGAUUGAUGUUCAAGAAUUUUAUAAACAGUUGAAGGGGUUUGUGUUAGUGUAGUAGGCUAACAGCCGAGGCAAUGGAAACUCCUGACAUAGUGAAAUUACUGGGUACUAUUUUUUGCUUUAUGAUCGUUAUUGUAGGAACAGCCAAAGUUCUGAAAGUUUACUGCUCUUUUAGUGAUCCGGUGCUGAAGAAAAUCACCAAUUUAGUUAUCAUUAUCUCCGCAAUAUCCUGUUGUUUACGCCUCGUAGCUUUGGCGAUUGCUCUUAUUUACGGUGGAUGGCCGUUUGAUGACCUUGGCUGUCAGCUAUUCGGAUUUGUCGAUCUAGUGGUCUACUCUGGUUCUACAUGGAUUCUGUGUAUCGCUGCAAUGGAAAGGUAUUUCAAAUUUAUGCUCCAAGUUGAUCACCCGUCAACUUUCUCAGUCAAGAAUGUGAAUAUGAUCGUCGUGGGAAUCUUCAUCUUGAUCAUUCUGAUAGCUACUGGGCCACUUUAUGGUCUUGGAGAAUAUUCCUAUUAUAGAGGACACCUGAGGAUUUCUCUGUCUUACUACCCUCUAGGAGAUAAUGGAACAAUAAAUCACGUGUUGUUUCCUAGUUGGUACUCAUACCUACUAAAAAACGAAAUCAAUAAAAGGAUCUUGCCAAAUCCUACCUUUUUAUUUAGGCAUACAUUUGAGGAAAAUUUAGGCAUCAAGGUAGUCCAGCUAAGGCAGACUGGAGUAGGAUUCGACAUGUUGUUUCGUUGUCCUUCUAAGCCUAUCGCUGAAGAACUAUGGUAUAAUCAUACCAAUGGAUCCCUUGGUGAAGUCUUCAAAUCCAUAGUGUGGUAUCCAGAUCUUACUCAAGCCUUCAAUGUGCAAGAUGUAAUAAUAAAUACCACCAUUGAUGAACAGGAAUAUAAGGAUUACCUAAACGUGUUUCUAACCUCUCAGGAUUUGGGGAUUUGCGGCACGGACUGGACAUCUAAGAACGUUCACGCUCUUGUGUGGUCUGUUUAUCAAACUGUUAUAACAACAGCUGUUCCUUUCAUACUUGAAGCUGUUCUUUACAUUAUCAUAUUAUGUAAAAAUCCCUGCAAUAUUGCCGUUACAGACAAACACAUUAGUGAAAAUGACAUUAGGGCACUUCGUUUCUUCCAAAGUUCGUCUGUCAUUUAUUUUCUUCUGACGUCAUUCUAUUUCACGAUAACGAUUAUCAAUUUAAAUGGUGUAUACAUACACUCAACUGUAACUUUCUUGACGUCACUUUUGUAUUUUACGUCAUUUUUGUCCAUUUUAAUUGGAUGCUUCAUUGUUGAGCGUGAACCAUUUAGUCGUUUUAACAGUGCUAUUCAGAAUUGUUGGAAAGUGUCUAGGGGAAAAUUUUCAACAGAGUGUGCUGAAAUUUCAAUAAGAACAUCAACAUUAUACAAAAUGAAACAAAGGACAUUUCGAGAGCCCAAAACCUAUGUUUGACGCUUUGUUAUUACAGGGAAUCACGUGUUCGUGUGAAACGCUCAUACAAAUUAAUACAUGGAAGAUUUUACAACACCGUGCCUUUCAAGUUCUUGGAAGAUGAAAGUGUACAAAUACAUAUAAUUAAACGUGUAUUCAUGUUACUGAUUAUUUACAU